AUGGACGACGGAGCUCAGCUCUCCGUUUGGACGCUGCUGCUGGGAGCGCUGAUCACGUGCUCCAUCCUGGGCUUCUGCCACCGGCGGAGCUGGCAGUGGCGCCUGCUGCUUCUUCAGGGCAUAAACGUGCUGAGGCGCCUUCUCUGGCUGCCUUGGCGCCUCUGUCGCCGGAACUUUUGGGAAGACUGUGCCGUCUUCGGGGACCGGAAACUUGCUGCCCAUGCGCCAAUGCGGUAUUACCCAUCAGUGGCCGCGGUGGAAGGGAAAAGUCCCAACAUCGUGGACCUGGGCGAGAAGGAUUGGCGCAUGCACAUCUUCGAGAAUCCACAGGCAGCCUUGAGCUGUUCUCAAGUGCAUGACCGGUCCUUCGACGACCAGCAGUGGCAUGAGGUGCCCAUUCCAUCCAACUGGCAGAUGCUGGGCCUUGCCACGCCCAUCUAUACAAAUAUCACCUUCCCCUUCACACCUGUGCCGUUGCUUCUGGCCCCCUACGUGUCCAGCAGGAACCCCACGGCCUUGUACCGUACUCACUUCACCAUCUCUGCGGAGCAGAUCAAGGGCCACCGGGUGCACCUGGUCUUUCAGGCGGUGGGAUCUGCGGUCAUGGCCUGGGUGGAUGGCCAGUAUGUGGGCUAUUCCCAGGACUCCAUGACAGCGGCAGAGUUCGACAUCACCGAUGCCUUGCAAGGCAAGGCGGAGAAUGCAGGCGACUCCGCCGCCGCGGCGCUGCUGUCGCGAACGGCAGAGGGGGACCACGUCUUGGUGGCCAUGGUGCCUAUGUGGUGCGAUGGUUCAUAUCUGGAGGACCAGGACCAGUGGUGGCUCACGGGGCUGCACCGCGGCGUGGAGCUGCACCUGGUGCCGGAGCUGCGGCUCGCGGACUACGAGGCCACGGCCGUGGAGGCGGAAGGCGCAGGUCUUCUGACCGUCCGUUGCCACCUCGCGGGCGCGAACGCCUCGGGCGCCUCGGUACGGCUCACCUUGGGGCAGAUGGAGCCGAUGACGAAAACGCCGGAGCGGUGCGCGGCGUCGGCAUCGCCGUUGCAGGAGGAGGGUUGGUGUGUGACUCUGCAGCUGCGGGUGCCCAAGGUGCGCCCCUGGAGCGCGGAGGACCCGUUUCUGUACCCCUUGCUCCUGGAGGUCACCGCCGGUGCGACUGCGCAAGUGGAGCGCAUCAAGGUGGGCUUUCGCUGCGUGGAUAUUCGUGACGGCCAGCUGCGGGUGAAUCGGCGUCCCAUUACGAUAGCAGGAGCCAAUGUUCAUGAGAUGCAUCCGACCAGAGGCAAGGCGAUCACCGAAGAGGAUAUGAUCUUGGACAUCCAGUGCUUGAAGCGGGGCAACUUUAAUGCCGUCCGGAACUGCCAUUACCCACAUCAUCCACGGUGGUACGAGCUUUGCGAUGAGUAUGGCUUGUACGUCGUGGACGAGGCAAACAUUGAGACCCACGGCUUUGUGGAGAACCUAGCGAUCUCGCUGCUGGCGUGUGACUGGGCAUGGAGGGCCCAGUUCCUCCACCGCACGCGGAACAUGUUUCAGCGCGCCAAGAAUCAUUGCUCGGUGAUCGUCUGGUCCUUGGGUAAUGAGAGCGGCUGGGGUCCCAACUUUGCCGCCUGCAUGGAUGCGUUGCGGCGCUGGGACCCCCACGAGCGUCCGGUGCAAUACGAAGGAGGACAAUCCCACGGUGACGCAGUGCUGCUCUUUGGGGAUGGACAACAACCCUCCAGCGACAUCAUUUGCCCGAUGUAUUGGUCCCCACCCAUGAUCAUGCCGCUGGCGGCAAACAUGAAGGACUCCUUGAUGAGUCGCCCCGUCAUCCUCUGCGAGUACAGCCAUGCGCUGGGCAAUUCCAACGGCUCCCUCCACUCCUACUGGGAGUUGUUCUGGUCUUCGAAGCCCGAGCACAGGCGCAUGCAAGGAGGCUUUGUGUGGGAGUGGGCGGAUGCUGCCGUCAAGGUGACCCGGCGCCGGACGCUGGAUCCCGUCAAUAAGUCCCAGGAUGAGCCCUGGCUGGAAGGUCACUACGGCUACGGCGGUGACUUCGGGCCCAGCAGCGGAAAGCAAGACCGGAACUUUGCGGUGGACGGGAUCCUCUUCCCAGACCGAUCUCCGCACCCCGCCUACUUCGAGUUCAAGCGCCUGCAGCAGCCGGUCGCCUUUGGCCUCCGAUCCACGACCUCCGCCGAGGCCACGGAGGUCACGGUGAAUGUGACGAACCGUUACGCCUUCAAAGACUUGGGGCACCUGACGUUACUGGCAUUCCUUUCGGAUGCCGCUGGCCGAUCCCACCCCUGCACCUUCGAGCCGGCAACCCUGGCCGGCAUUCCGGCGGGUCAGUCUCGGGAGUUCAUUGUCAAGGCUUCCUUGCCGGACAGUGCCCUCCGCGCCUGCGGUUGCUGGCUCACCCUGCAAGCCGUGCAGUCAGAAGAGCAGCAGAUGAUCCCUGCCAAAUUUGUGGUGGCUGAGGAGUGCCUCACAGUUUGCCCGCCGCAGCCCCUCGCGAGCAGCGAGACUGUUGGGAUUUGCCGCGGUUCAGUGGCACCGGUGGCCUCUCCGAGCCUGUCCGGCACGGCGGUGGUGGAACAUGGGGAUGUCACCCUGGUGAAGGCCCCAAACUACGUGGCGCGGUUCAAGCAGGGCACCUUGGCAGCCCUGUCCGGACCUAGCGGCACCUUACUGGGAGAAGACCUGCGGCACUGCUUCUCGCGGGCGUCCACGGACAAUGAUCGGUGUGGCCUGGAUUUCUUUGUGCCGCACGUGCUGAGGAUCCCCAUGGCCAACCGGAUCUUGGACUGGUCGGGGCACUUGUCCUUGCAAGCUUCCUGGCUGCUGAACGGCCUUGAGACGCUUGAGCCCUCGCAGGAGGUGGAGUGGAGUAACUCAGCUUCCGGACCGACGCUCCAGGUGAAGGAGGUCUUCCUCUGCCGGGGCCAGCCUUGUUUCGUGGUGCGGACUGAGUACGUUGUGGGCCCCGGGAAGCUGGAGGUUUCGGUUCAUGUGGUUCCCACUGGCGCCGCCUGCAACGUUGCCACGCUGCCGCGGGUGGGGCUUCAACUGAAGUUGCCCUCCGAGAUGUCCAAGAUGUCGUGGCUGGGGUACGGACCCCACGAGACGUACCCGGACCGGAAAGCGGCGGACUGGAAGGUGCACUGCAGCCAGGUGGACGAUUUGCACGUCCCGUACGUGGUACCCAGCGAGAACGGCGGCAGAGCAGACGUGCACUGGGCUGCCUUUACUGCGCCCUCGGGCGAGGGUCUACUGCUGCAGUACUCCUGCAACGAUGAACCCGCGCCAGACUCCGUGCCACAGGACCAGGAGCCCAGCAAGCGCCCGGCCGGCACCAGAGGUGCACAGCUCAGCGCAUCGCGGUACACCAUGGAGGAGGUCGAGGCGGCCUCUCACCGCCACAAACUGCCGACAGCUACUGCGCGGCCAGUGCAGGUGCACUUGGACACAGCUCACCUGGGUGUGGGCGGUGUGGGCGAGGGCGGGUCCAAGCUAUGGGCCACGGCGACGCAGUUCUUCGUGUCGCCGCAGAAAGGGCCCUGGCGCUACCAAGGUCAGUUCUUGGAGGGUGCCAGGAGCGUGGAGGAGUUGGCGGGGCCUGGCAGUAACCUCCUGCUGGCCUCGAAGGACAUGGCGCCCCGGGUGGAGUACCUGGCGCAGCUCCAGGGCGCCCUAAAGCAGGCGUCACUGGAAGCGCGCCGAGCAGCUUGCCGUUGGGAGGAGCUCUUGAAUCGAUCUUUGCUGCUGGAAGAUAUCGAGGAGAGCUUCUUUCCCUCCAUGUUGGAGACCUCGACGUAUUGGACGUGUGGACCUAUGCGAUGGUUUUGCCAUCUGCCGAUCUUUCGAACCAUCUGGCACAAGCUGGUGGUGCUUUGGCUGUCAAGCUUUAGGCCGGUGGCGGCCCUCUUUCUGAGAAGCCAGGCCACCUCUACAGACACUUGCACGGUGCCCGGCUCCUGCCCCUCCAGGACCAACGGCAACCUCAUGAUGCAAAUGCAAACCAAGCCAGGGAAGGCUGCUGUUCAGUCAGAGGGCCUGGGGUCACAGUCACAAGUGCCAACGUGCCCUGCAACCCUCGAAGGCGUCUCCUUCGGGAAGGUCUCUACUUCUCAGAUCGAUGAGUGCUCUGGACUUGCCGCGAGCCGUGUCAACGCGGGACUCUAUUGGGUCAACAACGACUCCGGUGCCGGCCCAGUUUUGUACGGCAUCACCAAGACCGGGCAGCACAUGGCGCGCCUCCAGAUUCAAGAUGCCGGCAGCAACGACUGGGAGGAUAUCGCGGUUGGACCAGGACCGGAGCCCGGCAAGUCUUACAUCUACAUCGCUGAUAUCGGCGACAACAACCGGUACCGCGGUACCGUGCAGCUCUACCGGGUGGAGGAGCCGGUGGUGCCUAAUGGUCGGGACCGCAACGCUGACAUCUGGAUCAAGCCGGAGCGCUUCGAUGUCACCUGGCCUCAGGGGAAGAAGUACGACUGCGAGGCCAUGUUUGUGGACCAGGGCAAGGGCGCAGAGCAGGCCGGCACAGUGGGCCGAGUCUACGUGAUCACCAAGGGCGACAACAGGAACGGAGACCCCCAGUGGCGCGGGGGCGACGUCUUCUACGCGGAUCUGCCCAGGUGGGGCCAGCGCCUGGAUUUCGUGGCCACGGGCGUGCGCUUGGACGUGGUCCUCGCCACCGGCGCGGACAUCGCCCCUUCCGGGAACCUCAUCGCCGUGAGGACCUAUGGAGAGAUCCGGAUGUGGCCACGUCCCUGCGAAUGGUCAGUUCAUGAGGCGCUUCGCAAGUCGCCCUGCGGCGUGCAGAGCAAGAACGAGCGCCAGGGUGAGGCUAUUGCCUUCGGCAAGGACGGCGAGAAUUACCUCACGGUGAGCGAAGGCAGGUACCCAGAAGUGUGGUACUUCGGCAUGACGCAGAGAUUCAAGGCGGAGAUGAUGCACAAGGCCGAAGCCUUGAUGCAGCAGAACACCACGAUCUCGCAUUGA